AGUCGGCACUGCAUGACUUACAUUUUGCAACAGACUCCUUAGAUAAUUGGAUACCUGUUUCAUCAUCGGCCUAUCAGUCAGAAACCGGAGUCGAGAAAACGUCGCUAAAGUAGUUUUAACAACCUUGCCUUUUUAAAGAAUGAAGUUGAGAAAGCUUAUUCAGAGAAGGUUGCCUAUUUUAGUGUGGCUACCACAGUAUUCAAUGGGAAAAUUACAAAGCGAUUGCAUAGCUGGUAUUACAGUUGGGCUUAUGGUUAUACCGCAAGGAUUGGCAUACGCGAAUAUAGCAGCAUUACCCCCAUAUGGUCUUUACAGUUGUCUUAUGUGUGGGCUCGUUUAUGCCAUCUUUGGCUCAUGCAAGGACAUAAACCAGGGACCAACAGCCAUAAUGGCCUUAAUGGUGGCGCGGUACGGAUCAACCGCGGACCCAGUCAAUUUUGCCGUGGCUCUUAGCUUUUUUUCUGGAAUAAUUCUUCUGUUAAUGGGUACAUUCUCACUGGGUUUUAUCGUGCAGAUUAUGCCACUACCAGUGAUCAGUGGUUUUACCUCUUCAGCUGCAAUCUCAAUUGCAUGUGGACAAAUCUCAAAUAUUUUGGGGCUAAAAGGGAUCCCAAAGGAUUUCGUUCAAGGUUUGCUUAAAAUAGCACUGCGUAUAGAGGAAUCCCAGUACAAGGAUCUCGUGUUGAGCAUUGUAUGUUAUUUGUUACUCUCUUUUCUACGGUACGUUCACACCUUGACCAUCCUGUGGCCCGUUGACGAAAUGAAACCGAUGACUACUCUAAAAAAUGCUUCGCGAAAUCUCGUAUGGCUCGUAUGCACAGCUCGCAAUGCAGUCGUAGUAUUUGCAAGUGCAAUCAUCUGCUUUGUAUUGAAUGAGAAAGAUAUGAAACCAUUCACGCUGAUUGGUGAAGUACAGGAUGGGCUGCCACACGCUAAGAUGCCACUCUUAAGUUUGAGUGACGGUAACUAUACAAUGUCGACGACGAAAAUGGUUACUGAAAUUGGUCUUGAUGGAUUUUUGAUGGUUCCAAUGAUCAGUUUUAUCACAAAUAUCGCCAUAGCUCAGGCGUUCGCAAGAAAAUACAAAUACGAGAUUGAUGCAACACAAGAACUGAUUGCCUUAGGCUUUACAAACUUCAUUUCCUCGUUCUUCUCGGCGUUUCCCAUCACUGGCAGCUUCUCACGUUCGUCUGUGAACGCAGCCAGCGGUGUUUCCACGCAAUUGGGAGGCGUGUUCACAACAUUGGUUGUUUUACUGGCUCUCACGGUCUGUACACCCUUUUUUAAGUUCAUCCCAACCGCAGCACUGGCUGCAAUCAUUAUUACUUCCGUCUUGCAAAUGGUCGACUUUCAAAUCAUUUCAAAGAUAUGGCACACGAAUCGCAUUGACCUCGUUCCGUAUCUUUUGACCUUCUUCGCUUGCUUUUACCAUUUGGAGACCGGAAUCCUUCUCGGCAUUAGCGUGGCCCUCGUCAUAUUCCUUUACAGAAGAUUGCUUCCAGUCGUGCACGUUGAAGGGGACUUCAUGUGUAAUAUCAACCUUCACGGCGGUCUUUCGUACAUGGGUGUGGAACACGUCAUUUCGAAGAUCCGCACUACGGCAAUGGCUGAAAAUAAACCUGGUUUCCUGGCAUUUGAUUGUUCCUCGCUGUUUGACUGCGAUUUUACUGUGGCAGAAGGCUUAGUAGAGCUACAAAGAGAGUGUAUCGAGCGCGAUUUGAAGCUGAUAUUUUACAAUGUGCAAGUGAAUAUUCAAAAGACUUUACUUAACUCUGGUAUGCCACGUGAGGCGUUCCAAUCGGAUUUAACGGAGGAGUUCUGUGGACUUUUGAGUUCAUAAAUGUACAAAAGGGAUUUUAAUCAUGAUGGGUGUAUCAUAUUAAAUUGGUUUUAACGGGUUGUA